CUUCAUUCCCCGAGACCACGGGAGCUUCCCCAAAUCAAGGUCUUUCUGUGACGCGUUUCUAUUCGCGCCACCAUCUUGUCCUUACCUAGUAACUCCAACUCUAACAUCUCAUUUCGCGCGAUACUGAACUUACUCAUUACUCUUCUGGUAUCCCUCACUGCCCGCUUCCUUCUUCCUCUGGAAGGAAUUCUUGAGAUACAGGUUCUUGUGAGUCAGAGAAGUGCAUCCCGUCCAUUGGUUGCAGAGCAUCUGUGAGUGUCCCUCGUGCUAAGCAGGGUUUUCAAGAUGGCUGCAGCCUCUCAGGCACUAAAGAGGGGAUCUAUUCGGAAAACUAGACCUCUGGUUGUGAAGACAUCACUGAACAACCCUUAUGUUAUUUCCUGGAGCACCUUGGAGAGAGAAGACAUACACUUUAUAUUACAGACUCUCGAAGACAAGUUUAAAUCGGUUGGACUUCAGAAAAUUGAAGAUAAGAAAAGGAAAAAAACAGCUCUUUUAAAAAAGCAAAGAUGCGGGCCAGAUGUUGAGAUUAGUGAAGAUGCCGAAGAGCCCGAUGGGGAUCUGCAGGUGUCAGGGUGGACACCUGCACACAUUAGAAAACAGCUGCUCAUUGGUGUUAAUGAAGUCACCAGAGCUCUGGAGAGGAAUGAACUGCUCCUGGUUCUAGUGUGUAAGUCAGUCAAGCCUGCUAUCAUCACCUCACACUUGAUUCAGCUGAGUCUAAGCAGAACUGUUCCUGCCUGUCAGGUACCUCAGCUCAGUGAGAGAAUUGCUCCCGUCAUUGGCUUAAAAUGUGUGCUAGCCUUAGGUUUCAGAAAGAACACCAUGGACUUUGCUGAUGAAGUAAGAGCCAUCAUUCCCAGGGUGCCCAGCUUAAAUGUGCCAUGGCUUCCAGACAGAACCCAAGAUCCCACAGACAGUUUAGAGACUGAACCUUUGGAAAAACAGGACAGAGAGGUUUUGGACACUUCAUUUGAUGACCUUACAAAACUUAGUAAGAGGAAGCUUGCUGAAGGUGGACAAGCUUCAGCUACAACACUACAACCUCUUAAAAUAAAGAAACUCAUUCCCAACCCUAGUAAGAUAAGGAAACCACCCAAAAGUAAAAAAUCCAUUUCAAAGUAGUUUUGUAUGACUUGUCACUUCAUGUAAGGCUAUGGUCUAAAUAAGCACUGGAACAAAUAAAAUCAAGUGUAUUUACAUAUAUUCUUAGGAUCCUA